AUGAAACAUCCGUUCGAGUUUGUCUGUACAUCUAUCUGUCUAUCUAUCUAUCUCACUCUAUUCAUAUCUAUCUAUCUAUCUAUCUAUCUAUCUCACUCUAUUCAUAUCUAUCUCACUCUAUUCAUAUCUUUCUAUCUAUCUCAUUCCAUUCAUGUGUACUUAUCUAUUUAUCUGUCUCAUUCUAUUAAUAUCUAUCUAUCUAUCUAUCUAUCUAUCUAUCUAUCUAUCUAUCUAUCUAUCUUACUCUAUUCAUAUCUAUCUAUCUAUCUAUCUAUCUCACUCUAUUCAUAUCUAUCUCACUCUAUUCAUAUCUAUCUAUCUAUCUAUCUAUCUCACUCUAUUCAUAUCUAUCUCACUCUAUUCAUAUCUUUCUAUCUCAUUCCAUUCAUGUGUACUUAUCUAUUUAUCUGUCUCAUUCUAUUAAUAUCUAUCUAUCUAUUUCACUCUAUUCAUAUCUAUCUAUCUAUCUAUCUAUCUAUCUCAUUCCAUUCAUGUGUACUUAUCUAUUUAUCUGUCUCAUUUUAUUCAUAUCUAUCUAUCUAUCUAUCUAUCUAUCUAUCUAUCUAUCUAUCUAUCUAG